AUGUUUGCUGCUGUAGGCGCAUGCACUAUGGCUAUCCAAAAUUCGAUUAUGGCUAUUGCCUAUUGUAUAGUCCGAGACGGGCAAAAGAUGUUUUACGAGAACACAAAUAGUACACUAGACUUUGUUUUACAGCAAGUGGACUCAACAGUUGAAAACCUACAAAACGUGUCGGGUUAUCUCACGACUGCUAAGAAUGUUGGCGUCAAUUAUGUUUUUCUGCCUCGACAGCUCCUAACCAACAUUGAUAAUGUCAAUGGUAUGAUUAAAACUGCAGCCAACACACUUGAGAGUGCAACCAAGAAUAAUACAGAUGAUAUAUUCCACUAUUUGGAUGUUGUGCUCCGAGUUGUUUAUGUGGUAGCGCUUGUAAUAUAUGUCCUGGUUUAUCUUGGAGUCAGUAAUUGUAUCAUUUACGGGCCCGAACUUUUUAAUAUACUCCUUGGUCUUCUGCAAUUGGAUUUUCAUUUCCAUGAGUUUAUUUCUGAGUGGCAUAUUUAUCGCUCUCCACAAGCUUAUGUAAAUUACGAGUGCUGCCUAACCCCUAGCUUGUAUGAAGAGGUGAGUCGGGCCGUGAAUGUGAGCUAUGGGCUGCACCAUUACGGCCCGUUCUUGAGCGAUUUGGUUGACUGCACGUUUCUUCGGGACACGUUCACCACCAUUUACGACCGUCAUUGCCCUGGUUUGAGAGAAGUCAGCCAGUCAGUUUACACUGGCCUGGUUAUGCUCUCGACUGGACUAUCUCUCACGAUGAUAUUUUGGGUGCCCAUCAAUCAAGAUGUACGGCGCACAUGCCAAGUCAGAUCAGGAAUCCGAUGA